CGAGGGGGGCCGAAGCCGAGGCCGAGACGCCGGGGUGGCUGCUGCUGGCUCUCUCCCGCCCUCAUUUCCCAUCGUGCCGAGGCGCUGGUGGCAUGGCGGAGAAGGAUGACACCCGAGUUUGACGAAGAGGUGGUGUUUGAGAAUUCUCCACUUUAUCAAUACUUGCAGGAUCUGGGACACACAGAUUUUGAAAUAUGCUCAUCUCUGUCACCAGUACCAGAAAAAUGCACAGCCACAGAGGAACAACAAAAGUCUCCUACAAUAACUCAGCCAAAACGAGGCAUCCUGUUAAAAGUGGCUGAAACCAUCAAAAGCUGGAUUUUUUCUCAGUCCAAUAAGAAAGAUGACUUACUUCAUAAGUUGGAUGUUGGAUUCCGACUCGACUCACUACAUACCAUCCUGGAACAGGAAGUCCUGCUACAAGAGGAUGUGGAGCUGAUUGAGCUGCUUGAUCCCAGCAUCCUGUCUGCAGGGCAAACACAGCAACAGGAAAAUGGACACCUCCCAACUCUCCGCUCCCUCGCAACCCCUAAUAUUUGGGAUGUCUCAGUGCUCUUUGCCAUCAUUAGUUUGCUCGUUAUGCUUCCCAGUUGGUGGAUUGUGUCUUCCUGGCUGGUAUGGGGAGUGAUUCUCUUUGUUUAUCUGAUUGUAAGAGCUUUAAGAUUAUGGAGGACAGCCAAACUACAAGUGACCCUCAGAAAAUAUAGUGCCCGUUUGGAAGAUACAGCAGCAAAUAGCCGGGCUUUUACUAACCUCGUGAGAAAAGCUUUACGUCUCAUUCAAGAAACUGAAGUUAUUUCCAGGGGAUUUACACUUUUGCUUGACAGGGUCAGUGCUGCUUGCUCAUUUAAUAAAACUGGACAGCAUCCAAGCCAGCAUCUCCUCGGUCUCCGGAAAGCUGUCUACAGAACUGUGAGAGCCAACUUUCAGGCAGCAAGGCUGGCUACCCUGUACAUGCUGAAGACCUACCCCCUGAACUCUGAGAGUGACAACGUAACCAACUACAUCUGUGUGGUGCCUUUCAAGGAGCUGGGCCUGGGGCUUAGUGAAGAGCAGAUUUCGGAGGAGGAAGCACAUAACCUGACGGAUGGCUUCAGCCUGCCUGCCCUGAAGGUUCUGUACCAACUCUGGGUAGCACAAAGUUCAGAGUUCUUCCGACGAUUAGCCCUAUUGCUUUCUACAGCUAACUCACCUCCUGGGCACUUACUUACUCCCGAACUUUUGCCUCAUCGUGUUUUAUCUGAUGUGACUCAAGGUCUACCUCAUGCUCAUUCUGCCUGCUUGGAAGAGCUUAAGCGCAGCUAUGAGUUCUAUCGGUAUUUUGAAACCCAGCACCAGUCAGUACCCCAGCGUUUAUCCAAAACUCAGCAGAAGUCAAGAGAACUGAACAACGUUCACACAGCAGUCCGCAGCCUACAGCUCCAUCUGAAAGCGUUGCUGAAUGAGGUAAUAAUUCUUGAAGAUGAACUUGAAAAGCUUGUUUGUACUAAAGAAACUCAAGAAGUAGUGUCAGAGGGUUAUCAAAUCCUAGAACAGAAAUUAAAGUUGAUUCAGCCUCAUGUUCAAGCAAGUAAUAGUUGCUGGGAAGAAGCCAUUUCUCAAGUGGACAGACUGCUUCGAAGAAACACAGAUAAAAAAGGCAAGAUGGAAGUGGCCUGUGACAACCCCUGCUGUGUGGUGGGCACCCCAGCACAGCCUACUCUACACAUUGCAGACCAAGAUCCAAUCCCCGAGGAGCAGGAAUUAGAAGCAUAUGUAGACGAUAUAGAUAUGGACAGUGAAUUUAGAAAAGAGGAUUUUUAUUACUUGUCUCAAGAAGAUAGAGAGAGACAGAAACGUGAGCAUGAAGAGUCCAAGAGGGUACUCCAGGAAUUAAAAUCUGUGCUGGGAUUUAAAGCUUCAGAGGCAGAAAGGCAGAAAUGGAAGCAACUUCUCUUUAGUGAUCACGCUGUGUUGAAAUCCUUGUCUCCUGUAGACCCAGUGGAACCCAUAAGUAAUUCAGAGCCAUCAGUGGAUUCAGAUAUGGGGGAAGUUGGUAAACAUGAUAUGGAAGAGGAAAAUAGUAAACCCUCCACAAGUGGCAAUGAAAUAAGUAGUAGGACUGAGUAUUUAUGUGAAAGCCCUCUAGAUGGUAAAAAUAAAGACAAUUCUGCAAAUAAACUCUUCCUCCAAGAAGCUGAAGAAAGCGUGUGUUACCAGUGUGAGAGUGAAGAUGAACCUCAGCAGGCAGAUGUAGGUGCGUUGGCAACUGCUCAUCCAGCACCCAGGGACUCGGUCCAGACCUCCAUUAAGCAGAGGCUGGCACGGCUCCAGCUGUCACCGGAGUUCACCUUCACUGCUGGCCUCGCUGCAGAAGUGGCUGCUAGAUCUCUCUCCUUUACCACCUUGCAGGAACAGACUUUCGGUGAUGAGGAGGAGGAGGAACAAAUAAUAGAAGAAACUAAAGAUGAGGUAGAAGAAAAGUAAGAACCCAAAUUCACACGAAGGAUUUUAUAUUGAAAAUUCAUUUUAUGAAAUGCGUUUUAGCUUCAUGGCUAGAUAGGCCACUGGAAAGGGAAAGUAAGUGCAAAAUUUUCCCGUGUCUAGAAACUAAGAUGUGACUUUACAUCAAUUUGAACAACUGAUCUGAAUAAUAAUCUCCUGUAAAUGGCAGGCCUGUUAGGAAAAAUCACAGAAAGGUAAGGGCUCUUUUUGAACGAACUGCUGUUUUAUUUGCAGCAUAACGGAUGGAUCGUGGAAAUUCUUUGAAUACUUCUAAUAAGAAAUAAAUUUAUUAUUUCUUGCCAGAAUUUGCUACCAGAAAAUGACAGGAUAAUUCUGAUGCAAGAAAGUUAACAUUUAAUAUGACUCCUUUAUACUGUAUUCUUGCAGUUAAUAACUGCAGCUUUUAUGUUGAUAACAAGUUGUUUGUAUUUUAUUUUUGUUUAUACCAAUCUUAAAGAUACAGGCUCUAAAUAAAAAAAAUUUGAAUUCAUACAAUUGAUGUGUGCUGGGAUUUGGGGUUUGGAACUAAAAAAUAGUUUCAGAAAUACUGGGGGGAGGGGGAAGCAUUGAUGAGCACUUGGGCUGGCUGUAACACUUCUAUAGAAUUGUUGUCACAUGUAUGUGUUCAGUUGCUUCAAGAUACCCUAAUGAUCUUUAUAUAGAAAAACACUAUCAUUGUAAGAGUCAUAUAUUUAUGUGUUCUAUUUCUUCUACACUAUCUCUCUCUCUCUCUUUCUCUCUCUCCUCCCCUCCUCUCUUUCCCUCACCACCCUCACCCUCUUCCUUCUCUUCUCUCUUCUCACCAAGUUAGAGCUAGGGAUUGAACCAAGGACUUCAUAAAUACAAGGCAUGUGCUCUUCUACCACUGAGCCCAUCCUUGGCCCUUUGUUGUAACUAAGAGAUGAUGUCAAAAUGUGAUCUUUGUGGCCAAAGGUUCCAUCUCAAACUUUGCAGAAAGUUAUUUUCUGUUUGCCCAGGCAUAGUUGGGUACCAUUGGCAAUGCUGCUGCUGCUACUGAUUUCUAGCUGAGCCUGCCUGUGCCACCUUGAUGAGAUUCAGGAAAGAGCCUGUCAGCUUCCUGAAGACAUCCUACCUCCCCAGUACCUCACUUACAACCACCUCUUGGAAAGGCUGCUUUCCAAACAGCCCACCCUCAGCUGUUUGCAUGUCAUUGCAUUUUUCAAAGAAUGUUAUUUUCAGGAGUACGUGGACAUUAUCUAAAGAAACUCUAGGAAUAGUUUCAUUUAUGCUGCUAUCUUAGAAAGGAAAUUACACAGUCUUUAGAGUUUAGAGACACACACUUGAAUUUCUGUAAUUUUGAGUAAAUUUACAUCUACUGAAAAGGAUUUUAUUUUGUUGGUUUUCCAAGAACACUUGAUUUUACUUCUUGAGGAAGAACUUGGUUCUGGCUUAUCUGACUAGUACUGGUCCUUUGUACCAUAAGUAAUUCUACUGCCUGUCAUUAGAACUGGGACAUAGCUCAUAGUUAAAUACUUGGAAACUAUAUUUUAGAGGGCCAGAGGGAUAGUGAGUAGGGUGCUUGACAGUCCUAUAACUGGCUAAUACAUCUUAAUAAGACUUAAAGUAACUUUCUUUUUAAAUUACUUAAUUUGAAAACUUUUUUUCCCCUUUUGGAUUUGGAAAAAACACAUUUACAAAACCAUGAUAAUCUUUCUCAUAAUCAUAGGAAGAAUUGUUUUAAUAAAUUGUAAUAACAUGUUUCAUUAUAUAACUUGGAGGAGAUAUCUAUAAUAUUACAUCGUUUGUAUUCAGUGCUGAUGUGAUCAUUUUCAUUGUGAAAGAAUCUUUUCUAAUUAUAUUACGGAUAACAUGUUUACAACAGUGUUAAUGUUGAUGGGUUUGUUUAUUUGUUUGUUUCCCUUAUUUAGAAAGAUGUGAGGUGAGAGAAAGGCAGAAGUACAUGUUGGGAGAGAGCACACAGUCUUCUUCAGAAGGAAAAUAAGCAAAGAAACAUAGAGACAAGCAAGUUGUAGGGGGAGCAUGGGCUUGAAGAGCAAGCCCGUUUAUGGUUUUAAUGUACCAAGUUAUCACACAUGACCACCGCCAAAAAAAGUGUCCAAGCCCACUGUCCACUAUCUGGUGAUAAUAAUCACACCUUAAUCUUUUUUUAAAAAUACAAAACAAAACCUUUGUUAAAACUAAAACUCUAAGCAGCUGGCCUAGUAGGGCCAAAUUCUUGCCUGUCUGAUUUGCAGUCCUCGGCUUAUUUUACAAAGUUGUAUUCCCCAACUUCAUAAAUCAAGUCAUUAUUAAACUAAAUAUACUUAGAGCACUUUAGUAACUGAUGAAUUGACUAAGUUUGACUUCUGAAGUUACUAGGGUAAAAGAAGUUGGGAGAAGCAUUAAAUGGAAAUCAUUAAGGACAGUGACUGUCAUCCUGUUGCUCAUCGAUUUGUUCGAGCGGGCACCAGUAACAUCUCUCAUUGAGAGACUUUACAGUAACAAUCAUUAAGAACAUUUAGAAAUAUUAGUUGACAGCAUACCACAGUACCGACCUGAGUUUAAAUCCUAACUACAUCAUUUAAAAGCUAUGCAUACAUUUGACCUAAUAGUGUCAUAAGAGAGUUUUUCCAGUAAAGUUAAAAUUCUCUGAAUUGCUAAAUAAUGUUUGCAGUUUCUGGAUUCUCAGAAGUAAUUAAAAAGGAAAUAAAACUUAAAGCUGAAAAAGCAACAUCUGAUUAUAAGUACGUUAGUAAAAUAGGUCAAAACCUUUAAAACUCUGUUUUCUUAAAAUGAAUAUAUUGAGCUGCUGACCCUGGUUUGAUUCCCAGCACCGCACCCUUGGGCUCAGAGCCAGGAGUGAACCCUGACCACCACCAGGUGUGGUCCCAAAAGACAAAAUCAUAAUAAUAGUAAUAAUGGUAUUUUGAAUGUGGGAGAGAGAAUGCAGGGCUUAAGGUUGUGCAUUGCCAGGUACAGCUCUUGGGGUCCUGAGUGGGGUGGGGGGGGGGUCUGCUAUCCCUGCAGGGCCAAGGCGCCACAUCCUCGUCCUGCACAUUGAACUACCCAACUCGAGCUUUGCUGGGAGGGGCCUCCAGGCCUACCAAAGUAACCCACCCACCCCAUCUUUUUUUUUUUAAUUCACAUAAUAAAAGUUUUAAGUGUUAAGCAUAAAAGAAAUGAAGUCCUGACACAUUCUUGCAAAACUGUAGCUGAAGAGUUAAUCAUAAGGGGGAGAAUCAGAGUAAUUACUGAGGUCAUUCAUUCCGGUGACAUCAAAAUAGUAAGUAUUUGGGUAAAUUAUUAGAAAUCAUGAGAAAACACAAGUUCAACUACUUUGGUUCAAUCAUGUUAUAUUUCUUUCUAUACCUAAAUGAAACAAGAACUAAAUAAAUAGCGUGAACUGUAAUACAGGAGUUGGAGAGAGUGCUCACAGCUGGGCUGCCCGCUUUGCAUAUGGGAAUUCCAGGUCUGAUCCCUGAACAUGGUUGCUAGAACACCCCUGGGAGUGACCCCAGAGCACUAAGCCAGCCAGGUGUGACUCAGCCUCCCCCCAAAUGAAGCAAUUAGCUUAGCUCAUCAAUAUCAUGCUAUGAAACACAACCAAAAUAAUUGAUUUAUUCUUCUAAUCCUAAAGAAUAAAUAUUUGGCUGGGGCAAUAGUAUAGAUAGUAGAGCGUUUGCCUUAGCACAUGGUCCACCAGGUUAGAUCCCCAGCACCCCAUAUGACUCCCUAAGCUCCACCAGUAGUGAUCCCUGAGCACAGAGGGAGGAGUAAACCCUGAGCACUGCUAAGUGUGUACCUCCCGCCAAGGAAGAGAAUAUCUGUGUCCUGUACACUUACAUCAGAAAAUGAAGCUACAAAUAGUUUCGGUGUGAAAAUUUGAAGGAAAUGUCCUAAGUACCAUGAUAAUUCAUUUGUCUGUCAUCAUUGACAAAUUACUUAUUUACGUAAGUUAAAUUUUCAGGAAAUUGAGGCAAAUUCAAUCAUUAAAGAUGUUAAUGAUCUCAUAGGAAAUUUUCCCUUUUUUUGUUAAACUGAUUUUUAUUGAAAACGCCAUGAUUUAUAAAGUUGUUCUUUAUACAGUUGUUUCCAGCACUUGGUGUCCCAACACCACCGGUAUGACCUUCCCACCACCAGUGUGCCCAGUUUCCCUCCCAGUCCCAACUUGCCCACUUUGGCAUAUAACAAAUUUACUUUAUAUUACUUAUUCGAACAAAACAUUAAGAACUGGCAAAUAGAAUGAUCAGAAAAUGAAUCAGUAGGGGCCAGUUAGUACUAUAUAAUUUUGACCUAAAAAGAAGUUAAAAUCAUUUAAUACAAUAUAAAAAUUUGAUAGGGAGUUUUCUAAAAUGUACUUUGUGCUCUCUUUUUUUUCCUCCCCCAGAGUAUUUAGGAUAUAACAAACAUUUUGUUAUUUUGACAUCAUUUUCUUUCAUGGGGUGAUUAACAGAAAUUCACGCUCAGGCUAUGAGAUGGUCAGAAUGCCAUAUUCCCCUUGACUCCACCUUGCUCUGCUUUGUGAGUUUUCUCUGUUUCUCACAAUUUCUCUAUUUUCCCUUAUAAUCAGCUGUCACUUUUUGCUGCUGCUUUGUGUGCCUGCCUCCUGCUCUAGGCCUCUAAUUUGCUGCUUCUAAUCUUCUGUGGACUGAGAAACCAGAUUGCCACGCUUGCUAAAAUUGUGUAUAAAAUAAGAGUAAGUAGAAUGGAAGAAGGCCAGGGGUGUUUCUGUCAGUUAAAGUGCAUGGACUUGGUUGUACCUGUUUGGCUGCCCCGCACCCUCCCGCUUGCCUCGCAUUCUUUACCAACAAUUUGGUAAAAAUACUUUGUUAAAUACAUAAUUCUCAUAUGUUGGGGGUAUCAGUUCAAUUUUCCUAUAUUUAGAUGUUUCUAAGUGAAUUCAGCUAUGAAAGAAAAUUUGACGAUCAUCUUUGUAUAAAUCAUUUUGUCUAAAAAAUUAAAUAUUUUGUUCUUGCUCAUUAUUUCUAGUAUAGUACAUAGGCUGAAAUCUUACAGCACUACAAAUGUGACUUAACUUUGUUCACUAAGAUUUAUAUUGUAGUACUCUUGGUUUGAGACUAAACAUGCAUGGCUAAUUUAGUAAGAACUAGAUAACUCAAUAUUUGGAGAAUGAGUCAUUCUAGAUAUCCCAGUUUUCUAUAGUGCUUAAACUGUUUAAGCAUUACAGCUUUUAAAAAUAAUUUCUGAAGACAGUAUUUUUAAAAUAACAUGCAUUGCUGCCUUUUGGAACAAUAUACAAAGUAUAUUUUAAUCGUUCUUGAUACCAAAAUGACCAAUAAACUAAUUAUAAUUAGG